AUGGAGGAAUACGACGUGGUCGAUUACUCCUCGUCAUCAAGCGAUUUGGGCGGUCCCAAGAGACACUGGCUACAGCGAACUUCCCUCGACUUUCUCAAUCUUUGCGCGUCUCGAGAUACGAAACAUGCUAUUGGCAAGGACCUGACCCUGAUCUACGACAAGCUCACCCUUCAUCUGUGCCCUUUUGUCAAGGGCAGCCUCCAACUGUUCAAGGCCAAAUCCAGCAUCUCUUCGAACGAAAACGGCAUCCUCUGUGUGCCUUCAGAAGUGGUGGACAUCGAUGCAGACGAUCCGCGAGAUCACAAGAUGCGGUUGCCAGAGCAAGACAUUCCAGUCCACGACAUCGUCCUGGGUUUGCUUCAAGAUGAAGUACGCAGUGGUGCGCUUCGCAGUGUGCAGUUGAUGGACGUCAUAUUCGAUGACUUCGUCCUCGUAGGGCGCAGCACAAACAGGAGGGAGAAGGACGGGUACGAAUACCACCGCCUCGAAGUCGCAGUCAUGUUGUCGUUGGAUCCUGCUACUGUCAUGUCUUUGGGCAGGACUCUGACUCUUCCAAGACUUGGACGUUCGCCAGUCCAUUACCAGCCCGAUCUGCAGCUACUCAGCUUACGAACAGCCGAGACUCCACGGUUGCGAGGCGAGAUGCAUGAUCUUCUUGACCAUUCUCUGCUGGAGCGACUCUUCAAACGGGAGGGCGACUUUCGUUCAUGGGAUGUUAUCAACCACCACCAUCGCUAUGACAAAGAAUGGGAGCAACAUCUGUGCGCUCGACGCAUCACUUCGGCGGUCUCUGUCUGGAAGGUUUACAAGUCUCAUCCACGGAGCGAACUCAUUCAUGGCUUCGUGACGUGCCAGAAAGACAACAGGAAUAACAUCGUGGUAUUCCUGAUGGAUCAACAAAAUGUCGAACGCAACAAGGGGAGAACUGAGUUCAGACACGAUCUCGGCGAUGGGAAAGGAAGGACUACGUACAGAAUCAUUGGGCGUCUUGCUGUUGGCGAUCUCAGCAAACGGGAUUGUACGAGCUUCAGCAGGCGGAGCAACGACUUCGUGAAGAGCAUCAUUGGGCAGGACGCAAGGGUCAAGAUUAAGAUUGUUGAUCUUUGGCAUGUCUAG